AUGGCGCAAGGAGUUGCCUUCAGGCUUGGCGGGAAAGUCCUUGAACUGCUGAGCCCCUUAAUUCGUGAAGAGAUCAAGUUGGCCUGUGGAGUCAAAGCUGAGCUUGAAAAUCUGAACGGCACAGUUUCCACAAUCAAAGAUGUACUUCUUGAUGCUGAAAAGAAGGCUGAUGAUCAUAGUGUUGCGGUCAAAGGUUGGCUCGAAAAGCUCAAAGAUGUCCUCCAUGAUGCUGAUGAUGUGCUUGAUGAUUUCUCCACUAAAGCUUUGCAACGUAAUGUGAUGGCUGGAAAUAAGAUGACGAAGGAGGUACGCAUUUUCUUUUCAAGUUCAAACCAGCUUGCUUUUAGUCUUAAGAUGGGUCAUAAAAUUAAGGCAAUUAGGGAGAGACUAGAUGACAUGAAAAAAGAAAAGGAGGAAUUCCAUUUUAAUGAAGGCUCCAAUGAGCCACAAGUCAUGAAUAGGGAUAGUGACGCUAAUUCUCUUGUAAAGGAAGAUGAAGUUAUUGGGAGAGAGAAUGAUAAGAAAGAGAUUAUAGAACGUCUUUUCAAUAACAAUGUUGUAGAUAAUAUUUCUAUCAUUUCAAUUGUUGGUAUCGAAGGAUUUGGCAAGACGACACUAGCUCAACUGGUAUACAAUGAUGAAAAUGUCAAAAAAAAAUUUGAGCUAAAACUUUGGAUUUGUAUCUCUGAUAAUCUUGACAUAAAGCAAAUUAUUAAAGAAGUUUUAGAACAGAUGAAAGAGUGGAAUCGUGAAGAAAGCUUUGAGGUGAUGCAAAAUAAGCUUCGAGAAAAACUAAAUGGAAAAAAGUGUCUGAUAGUCAUGGACGAUUUGUGGAAUGAGGAAUGUGAUAAAUGGCUUCCUUUGAGGAAUUUGUUAAUGGGUGCUACAACGGGAAGUAGAAUAAUAGUGACCACACGCUCAAAAAGGGUAGCGAGGAUGAUAGGGCAACUUCAUGUUGUGCUCUAA